AUGGCUGGAUUCCCCACUACUCCGACGGUCAUCACGAUGGAUUCCCCCAGCGCAGACGAUGACAACAUCAACGACAGAGGUAGCGACAGAGGCGGCGACAGAGGACGACAACAGAGGACGAUGACGACAGCAGACAACGACAGAGGCGGCACUGUGAUCAAGAAAUUCACAGGUUUCGCUACUCUGCCAAGAGAGCUCAUUCUCGAGAUCGUUCAACUCUGCAUCCCAACCUACAGGCCUGACCUCAAACAAGAUGUCGCCCAGCUUUCUGCCGUCAACAAGAGCCUUCGGAUGAUGUGCAUUCCAACGCUCUUCACCACUGUGCAGAUGCGCACUAACCACCACCGUUUCUCUCGUCUUGUUCGAGGCAUUGAAGGCAGUGACGUCCUCAGAGCCAUCCAUCAUCUGAGAAUUAUUUCUGUCCUGCCUCGCGCUGAGACUUCAGGCAACGCGAGUGAGUCUUGGUAUCGAGACACGCCUGCCCAAUUUGCGAGCGUCCUGGGCCAGAUGUCGAACCUUCAAGACUUGGAUCUCUACUUCGCGGAUGGAUACCAGAGUCUCAUGGUGGCUGUUCAAUACGAGCUCCUCAAGCAACGCAUUACGGUCCCCAGCGUCACCAAGUUCGAUCACUUCGCAGAGAGCACGACGCAUUUCAUUCCUACUUCUCCAAAGACAAUCCCUGGAUUGUCUACCAUCGCCUCCAAGCUCAACCUGCACACCCUUAGCCUCUGCAAGUUUGGUUGGCAAGCGAAAGACUUCGACGAGAUUUACGACCUCUUUCCAGGUGUUACCAAGCUGAUCAUUGGGGGUCAGAUCCAGAAGUUCAAGUUCUCUACCGUAUUGCCGGUCUUCGAGCGAUUUAAGAAGCUUGAGAUUCUUGGGCUCACUGAUAUCUUCGACUUCACCAUUGAAGAUGUGAUGACGAGCUUGAUCGACGAAGAGGGCGACUGCGUUUGCGACUGUUGUCUCGGUGACGAACCCUGUACCAUCGACACUAACUGUAGUUGUGACGAAUGCCACUACAAUGACGAGAACUACGAGGAUUUUCACGCGAUGGCUCAGCAACGUCUCUCCAUGUCUAUGGAGGAGGACCAAGUGAAGAAUACAGUCAGUCUCUUCGAGGAGUGUCCUAGACUUGAGACGGUGUACUUCCAGCUCCGCAACGAUGACUACUCUACACGCUACCGUCUUAUCAAGGAUGACAACGGCAACGUUGACACUCUAACCAUCGACGAGUAUGAGGAUUGGCCAAAGAUCUUCACAGAAUUCUACUAUUGA